GGAAACCUCUGAGACAGCUCACAAACACCUAUACUCCAGACGCUGAAUGGUGACCAAGGAAAUAUAGGGUUUAUUUAAGACUGGAGCUGUGUCUGCGAGGAAGUCUGUCAGCAAAGUCUGUGAUCGUUGGCAUCUCUUUUCAGUAGACGUAUAUUCAGCUGGCCUCCUGCUCUAUUGUACAGGAUGUCUCAAAGGAAGAUGCUGCAUUUCUCCACGGGGGCUCUGCUUCUUCUCCUCUGGUUUGGUGGCCUGGUCCUUGGAGAGAUCAGCGGUGACUUCUCUCAGUGCCUUGAUUUCUUCUAUAAUAAAACUCCACCAAGGGGUAUCAAAACAGCAGGAUACCAGCCAAUUUGCCAGCGCUACAAAAACCAAUACCACUUUGCCAGCCUUUAUCACCGUCAGCAUCGUGCACCAUUGUACUCUGCGUACAUACUCAGUCCUGCAGAUGGCAAACGGCCCAAAACCUCUUGGAUGUAUGAACCACAGUUGGCGUUUUCCCGUGCCAGCUCAGAGAUGAAACAUUUCCAAACCCCCGUGGACCAGAAUGUGAUUGAGAGCCAGGCGGUGCUGCACGACUACAUGAACUCCAGCUACACCAAAGGCCAUCUCAAUCCCAGUAUGCACCAAAAGACAAAAGAAGACCGUGAGGCCACCUUCACCCUGACAAACAUUGUCCCUCAGCGAGCAGGCUCAAACUCCGGCCCCUGGAGCGGUCUGGAGAAUGAAGUGUUGACAGAAUUCAAGACGUUCUGCAAUGGGUCGAUGUAUGUGAUCACUGGAGUCAUGCCUUAUAACUCAGAACCUCGCUGGAUCAAUAACAGGGUGUCUGUUCCUGAGUACAUGUGGUCUGCAUACUGCUGUCCAUCCUACAAAUCCAACCUUCCUAAAUCUGUGAAGCCCUUUUUCCCCACAUAUGCUGCAGUGGGAAGAAAUGACCGCAACAGUGGAGAGGAGAUUGUGCCGGUUAAUGUCAAGGCUAAAGCCUCGGUGAGGGGUUACGACGUGAGGCGGAUGUCUUUAGAGACGCUGGAGGGCAUCCUGACACAAAGGCUGGCCAUGCCCAUCAGUCUGUUUCAUGGGCAGUGUCAGUAGGUGAAAAGCUUUACUUCCUUGUUGAAAUGUCAACUGUAAUUGGUGUGCACUGCAGUAAUCACCACGUAUGACACAUCACCUCAGUGUGCGGCCUCUCUUUAAUUACUAAACUGAAAAAAAGAGUUUGAUUAACCAGGGCAUGAUAAUUAUCUCAUGAUGGCUUGAAAUAAUUUUUUUCUGAUGAUUAGGGUUUUGUAAAAUAAAUAUUUUUCCUCUUGUUAAUGUCAUCUUGUUUCAUGAUCAACAACUACCCCCAUGGUUUCACUAAUAAAGAGAAAAAAAGAU